AUGCUGGAAGAUGCAGAUAAAAGCGAAGACUUUAUCUCUUGGUGCGUAAAAGGGGUCGAAGAUACUUUUCCUCCGACAGUGCCACUCAACUUUAUUAUUCAAACUGAAGGAAAUACUCAGAUGAUGUCUUGGACGGCUUCUGUGGACAAUUCGGAUGGAGUAGAAAUCUAUGAAGUUCAUCAUGUUGACCCUAGAUCAACAGAAGAAGGAACUGAACUCAUCUAUCGAGGUGAUUUUGAUGGCGAAACGACUCGAUUAUCGAUCGGAUCUGACGGAAGGAUUGCAAUAGAGGACUUCCAAUGUCCUCCUUAUUUCUCUGGCACUCUGGAAAUAAUAUACGAGGAGCAAGUGAAGAACAAUGCUUCAAGAUUAAACAAGCAGAUUGAUGAAAUUGUGGCAGAGUUUUCUCUCGCAAAAAGAGAUUUUUACAAACUCGAGCCUGAUAAAUUUUCCAUACUCAACGAUCAAGCGAAGACCAAGUCGAUGAAGCUCUCUGGGGCCGAUGUUAAACUAAUGAUAUAUUUCGGCAAUGGAACAGCUCUUUCGAGAACUGAUGAAACCAUCGAAGAGGCCAUUUGCGAAAUCGAAUCUGGCAACGAUCUCUGGCUAGCUGCGAAAUCAAUCGACAGGAAUUCAAAUGAGUCUCCAUUCUCCUCCGCAGCUGUUUUCAAAUAUCGAAGAUUUCAUGUCAAGAGUAACGAGUCGAUAGAACUCUCUGAUGAUGUCGAGACGCUGAAGAUUGUUCUGGAGCAAAAGCCGAAGGGAAUAGAAAAUAGUGGGAACUUUUUCAAGGGAAUAUCGAAAAAUACUUGGAUAGCGAUCGGCUCUGUCUUUGCUUCAACAGCAAUUGUACUGUUCGCAAUCAUCAAGUGCUGCAAACAUGCAUGCAAGAGAAGAAAAGAGAGGAAAAAGAUUCGCGAAGAACAACAAAACGGGCGCAUAACUGGACCAUCAUCGGGUGUACCGAGUACGAAAUCGCCACCUACCGUUAUUCGGAAGAAAAAGAAAACGAAGAAAAAGAAAGUUUUCAAAAAGAAAGACGGAAGAGUCAGUUCUGAUGAGUAA